AUGCGACUCGGCCCUGCAUCAAUUGGUGGUGUUACCAGACUCACAGAGUCUGGACUGUCCAUGGUGACUUGGCGACUACUGGGAGAGAAACUGCCCACCACCCAGCAGCAGUGGGUAGAGGAGUUCAAUAGAUACCAGGAGUUUCCUGAGUUUAAAAUAAAAAACAAGAAUAUGACUUUGGAAGAGUUCAAAUUCAUCUGGUGGAUGGAAUAUGCACAUAGGCAAUGGGGACGACUUAUUGGAGCAAGUUUUUUUAUUCCAGCUACAAUUUUCUGGGCCAAGGGUUGGUUUCAACCAGUCUUGAAGAAAAGAGUGUUAGCUUUUGGUACCCUCAUUGCAAUGCAGGGGCUAAUGGGCUGGUACAUGGUCAAAUCUGGCCUGGAAAACAAGUUUGAUGGUCCCAGUGAUGUGCCCAGAGUGUCCCAAUACCGUCUGGCCUCACACCUCAGUCUGGCAUUCGUCCUAUACACUCUGUUCUUGUGGUCAGCUCUAGACCAGCUAUUGCCUGCCGAGAGACUUGCUCAGGUCACGCGGUCCGCCACCAGGUUCCGAGCACUCGCCCAUUCCUGCAAGGGCCUUGUAUUCCUUACAGCGGUCUCAGGGGCUUUUGUGGCUGGACUUGAUGCUGGGUUGAUAUACAACUCGUUUCCCAAAAUGGCUGAUAAGUGGAUACCUGACGACAUUUUGGCAUUUUCACCUGCUCUUCGCAACUUUACUGAAAACCCCACAACGGUUCAGUUCGACCACAGGCUCUUGGGAACAUCAACAUUGAUGUUGAUAUCAGGAAUGUGGCUGCUGUCACGAAGGAGAAUGAUCCCCAGGAGAGCUGUGUUAGCUGCCAAUGCAGUGGCUACAAUGGCAUGGCUGCAGGUUGCAAUGGGAAUUACUACACUGCUGACAUAUGUCCCAGUGUCCAUAGCAGCGGCACAUCAGUCUGGCAGUCUGGUCCUGCUCUCGUUUGCGGUUUGGCUUACACAUGAACUCAAACAUGUCAAGUUACCAAAGUAAAACAGGCGUUUGCCGUAUCAUAUAUGAAUACCACCUAAAUAAAUCAAUUUUCUUAUUGCAA